AUGGAAGAAUAAGGCAUGCGUCCAGAAACAUCGAAGUGCUCAAGGAUGGAAAAGCGAAGAUUAGUGUCACAGAGUCAUUAAAGAUAGGAGUCAAGUCAAGCUCAAAGAAUUAAUGGAAUCACUUUAUAAUAAUAUUUCAGAGGAGGCAACUUCAGAGUGUUAGAGAUUAAUGAAGAUGAAUGGGAUAACUAAUAACCUGAAUAAUAGGCACCUAAAGCUCCACUUCUUUAAAAUAACAAUUUUCGUAUUAAAACAGAUAAGAAGAUCAACAACAAAAAACUACUUGAAAGAUCCCCUGUCUAAAACUUAACUAUGAGUAAAGAUUUUAACCAACGUAAAAUAAACCGAGUAAGUAAAACAAUUGAUUAUUAUGCUAGCCUCAUAUAACAUCAAAUGAAUUCUUUCAAAAUGAAGAUGAUCUUAGAAAAACUAAGAUAGAAUUGAAAUAUGGACGUAUGAAAGAGGAUGCAAUUAAUCGCUUUGGUAAUCCGGAUCAGGAACUAUUAAAUAGAUAUGCAGAUAAAUUUAACAUAAAUAAGGAGCCUCCAAAAUUAACACUUGCGCCAAGAGAACUCAUUACAAAAUUUAAAUGA